GCUCCACAAGCAGCCUCUAUCUCAUAGGACGUAGCCACCACCAUGAAGCUUGGACGAUUCCACCACCUCGCCCUCCUCCUACUCCUCGCCUAUGGCAGCAUUGCGCCGGCGAGCGCCGCCGGGAGCUGGAAGUUCCUUGGGAACGUCGGCGUGUCGGGGAUGCACAUGCAGCUCCUGCACAACGACCGCCUGAUACUCUUCGACCGCACCAACGUCGGCCCGUCCAACCUGACCUUCCCCGCCGGCCACCCCUGCCGCACCAACCCCCAGGACCUGUGGUUCCGCAACAGGACGGACUGCACCGCGCACUCCGUCGAGUACAACCUCGCGUCCGGCACCUUCCGCGGGCUCUCCAUCUUCACCGACACCUGGUGCUCGUCGGGCCACGUCGCGCCCGACGGCACCCUCGUCCAGAACGGCGGGUGGAGGGACGGCACCCGCAAGAUCCGCCUCAUGCCCGCGUGCAGCGGGAGCGACGCGAGCUGCGACUGGACCGAGGAGCCGGCCCCCGUCGUGCUCGCCGCAGACCGGUGGUACGCCACCAACCAGAAGCUCCCCGACGUCAACGGCCGCGCCAUCAUCGUCGGCGGGCUGGGGCAGCCAAGCUACGAGUUCUACCCGAAGGCCGGCGCUAACACCGCCUCCUUGCUGCCGUUCCUGGGUCAAACGGACAGCCUGUACCCGUUCGUGCAUCUCAACAUAGACGGCAACCUUUUCAUCUUCGCCGGCAACCGCGCCAUUCUCUUCGACUACAAUGCCGGCAAGAUCGUCCGGAACUACACCACGCUCGGCAACGGCGGCGACCUGAGGACCAACCCGAACGCCGGCUCGUCGGUGCUGCUCCCGCUGAAGCCCAACCCCACCGAGGCCGAGGUGCUGAUCUGCGGGGGCACGCCGGCCACCUCCAACCGCGCCGUGGCGGCGGGGCAGUUCCCCCCGGCGCUGAGCACGUGCGGGCGGCUCAAGAUCACCGACCCGAACCCGUCGUGGGUCGUCGAGGAGAUGCCGUCGCCGCGGGUGAUGGGCGACAUGAUCCUGCUCCCCAACGGCGAGGUGGCCAUCAUCAACGGCGCCACGGACGGGAUCGCCGGGUGGGAGUCCGCCAACACCUUCAACCCCACACCCGUCAUCUACCGGCCGGACCUCCCGUUCGUGACCCCGACCAGCCGGUUCGAGGCGCAGGCGCCGGCGGGCACCCCGCGGCCGCGGAUGUACCACGCCUCGGCGGUGCUCGACCGCGACGGCCGGGUGAUCGUGGGCGGCAGCAACCCGCACCAGUUCUACGUCUUCGACAGGAAGUUCCCCACCGACCUCACCCUGGAGGCCUUCGCGCCCUUCUACCUCGACGGUUCCAACGACGGGCUCCGCCCAAACAUCUUCGUCCCGUCGCCCAAGGACGGGCCGGUCUUCGUCACGUACCGCGCGCAGCUGAAGCUGCAGUUCUUCGUUCGCGACGGCGUUCCCGGGGCGGUUUCCAUGGUCCCGCCGUCGUUCACGACGCAUUCGUUCGCGCAGAACCAGAGGCAGCUGUUCCUCCAGGUCGAGGUGAAGCCCGCGACGGCGUUCCAGCUGAACGGCGGGGUAGCGACGCCGUUCCCCGGCUUCUACGAGGCCACCGUGACUAUGCCGGCGUCGUCGGUCCUGGCGCCACCGGGCUACUACAUGUUGUUCGUCGUGAAUGGGCGCAUUCCCAGCAAGGGGAUCUGGGUUCACAUACAGUGACAACAUGAGGUUCUAGAAUGAUUAGUUCAUUCAAUUGGUUGAUGAGCUACCUAUCUUCACCUAUUUGAACCUUUCAAUUCAGAGUUGUAAGAGAUUAGUUGUAUGUGUUUCUUGUUUAUUCUUAUGCACCAUGUAAUCAUUUGAAAUAUAAUGAAUUUAAUGAGAUGCUUGGUCAUGCUG